AUGGCAGCGUCUCUAUCUUCCUCUGUCGCUUCCCUCCAGUCGUCCCUUGGGCUUCUUGAUUCCUCGAUCUCGAUUCUCGACUCCGGGGUUAGCGAUUUCCCCCGACUUUGCAAAGUUCUCCAGACAACGCGACACUUUGAACUCCUGCCAGAGCCUACUCUACGAGAAGCACAGCAAUCCUUACUCGACGAAAUCACUCCAAGCAUCGCACACUUACUAUCCCUCGCCUCGAACCACGUGGAAAAGCUCUCUCGUCGCGAGCAGGGCCUUCGAGCUAAAUGCGAAUUACAGGAGGGAAGACUUUACUCUAACGAAAACCGACAAAGUUCGAAUCGUACCCAGAACAGUGCUCUGGGACAACGAGCGAGUGGUGGCAGCACCGCAGCAAGAGCGGCUGAGUUGAGAAGAUUAGUACAGAAGAAAGAGCGCCUCAAGUAUACCGUUGAGCGCUUGGAGCUACAGAGCAGGCAGAGGGAGCGCCAGCUCAGAAAGAGCAUGGCAUUU